CUCCGUGCGGCGCGAUAGGCGGAGCGGGCGGGCCCGUUGGGCGUGUCCCCGCCGGAGCGGGCGGGGCAUUGUGCUGAGUGGGCGGGGCGCGGCGGCGGCUGCGCGCUGGCGGGGGUGGCUGGUACGUCAGCAGCAGGAUGGCUGUAGCUGCGGCGGCGGCAGCGGCGGCAGGCAGCGCAGCCCCGGCGGUGGCGGUGGCGGCAGCAGCGGGGCGGGGGGCAGCGUAAGAUGGCGGCGCUGCGGGAGGGGGGCAGGUACGGCGUGUCCUGCGGCAGGGUCACCCAGGACAACAUCACGGUGCUGCACGUCAAGCUGACCGAGACCGCCUUCCGGGCUCUGGAGAGCUACCAGGGCAACAAGAAUUGUAUUCCUUCUCGACCCUCAAUCCAAUUUCAAGGACUCCAAGGGCUUGUCAAAAUUCCCAAAGCUGAUCUCCCAAAUGAAGUGCAUAACUUUAACUUCUACUUGUCAAAUGUUGGCAAAGAUAAUCCUCAGGGAAGCUUUGAUUGUGUCCAGCAAACUGUCUCAAGUUCUGGAGUCUCGCAGCUCAAUUGUCUGGGAUUUAUACAGGAUAAAAUUACAGUAUGUGCAACAAACGACUCUUAUCAGAUGACAAGAGAACGCAUGACCCAGGCAGAAGAAGAAUCUCGCAACCGCAGUACAAAGGUCAUAAAACCUGGUGGGCCAUUUGUAG